GUUCCCAUAACUGUUACUGUUGUGCAGACGACGCAAAUGUUGACAGGAGUGGCAAUUUCUUGGGCAGUUUAUAGAAUCAAGACUGAAAACUGGAUGCCGCCAAUACAAAUGGUGCUCUCAUGCUGUGUCUUUAGUUGUCAGCAAUCAAUGGGAAAUCUCUACCUCGCCUUUACAAUAUAUACCACUUUUGCUGCACUAUUCAUACGAUUUUUCUAUCGAGCAUAUAUUGUGAAAGCACGUAAACAAAAAGGAGAGUAG